GGUAAAAUGUGAAGGCAUCAACAUUGUUAAUUCAAAUAAACAGCUGAUUGCACGACAUUCACCGGUCUGAGAGUUAAUAUAAUAUUUUUAGAAAAUAAAAAAUAGUUGACAAAAUGACCACAUUGAGGUUGAUGACGCGUAUUGGGCAACCUGUUUGGCAACAGCGUCAAGGAAUGCUACUGACAGUUUUGGGUAACAUUAAGUACAGAUCAUGGUGCCUACUAAACUCUCACAGCACAACACAAUGUAUAUCACUUGCACCCUUCGUAAGUAGCCGCCAUUCAUUUAGCACAAAGAAAACUGCGGACUUAGCUGGUAAAACCGACACCAAAUCAUCUCCGGUUUUAGCCGAUGAGGAUAUUUUUGGUGAGGCAUCUAAACUGGGACUAUUUGCGAAAUUCAAAUUGAUGUACAAAAAAUAUUGGUAUGUGCUUUUACCUGUUCAUGUUGUUACUUCGAUUGGUUGGUUUGGAGGUUUCUAUUAUUUGUCAAAAAGUGGUGUUGAUAUUCCAUUGCUUCUACAACAUAUGCACCUUAGUGAAAGUAUAGUGGAACGCUUCCAAAACUCUAGUAUGGGUCACUAUGCGAUAGCCUAUCUUUGCUACAAAGUGGCGACUCCCCUACGUUAUGCGGUCACCUUAGGUGGUACAACCGUGUCCAUAAAAUAUCUUGUUCAAGCCGGACAUAUUAAACCAAUUCCUAGUAAACGCGAAUUAAUGCAAAUGUAUGAAAAAAAUAAAGCCGAUAGAGCUGCUGCGAAAUUAGAAGAGAUUGAAGAAAAGCAAAAGACCAAGGGCAACGAAUGAGGAAUUCCAAAGUGAUAUUCACCAAUAAUUAAAAUACCUUAAGUGACAAAUGAUUACCGAUUUGCAAUUAAAAUUUCUCAGUCCUGUUUUGACGAUUAAAACAGUAAAGGAUGGUGCGGAAUGAACAUUUUUCUACUUUUUCUUAUUUUAAAGAAAUGUAUUCAUCCAUGUACCAAGUUAUUUUUUUUACUGUGAAAAGUACUUUUAAAUUAUUUUACUUGUUUCAUUAAUGCAGGACUAAAAUUCUAAGAGCGGUAUAAAUUGAUAAAACAAUUUGUUGUGAUUUUGUGUAAAUAAUAUUUAAAAAGAGGGUGUAAAAUGCCUACUUCUAUUCAAUAUUAACCUCAAGCUCUAUAGCAACGACAAAUAAAACAACAAAUAGGGCAUCAAAUGUCAACAAACCGAAAAUAACAUAAAAAAUACAUCUUUUGUGAAAAAUAACACAUAAAAAAGGAGAAAAUAUAUUUUGUUAAAAUAA